AUGGGGUAUCCUUCUGUCCAGGGGGUUGGCUCAGUCUUAGGUGCAGCGUGGGUGAAGAUCUUCCGGCUGCUGGCUACGGGGAAGGACGAGGACGAGCUGUCGUGGCCGCUGUCUUCGGUGUUGUGGGAGCUGCGACUUUUGAGGCUGUGGCUGCCGCCGCCGGGCCGCCGACUGCGCCACCGGCUUCUGCUCGCCUUCGCCAUGGUCUCGCACGUCGCACUCCUCUUCAUGGUCAACGGCAGCUUCAUCGUGAACACCCCUACUGAUCUCCCUCAAAUCUCUUUCGUCGCUUAUAACUGCCUGACCGACAUCGGGCUCACUUCCAAGGCAAUGUUCUCGUUUUCGCUGGACGGGACUCGCGUGACGGAGCUCUUGCGGCAGCUGGCGGUGUCCCGUCGGCGCUUUGCUGACCUCGCAGGGCACAGGGCCCGUAACCACGCCACCGCUGUCAAAAUGCACCGAUUUCUGCAGGUGACCUACCGAGUGAACUCAGCGUACUGGUUUGUUGCUCCCAUCAUCAGGAUCAUAACGGCUCCAAGUUCUGAAGACAGUUUACCAGUGAGGCGAGAUGUGCCUAUCCGUAUGUGGGUGCCAUUCGACACCCAACCGUCGCCGGUCUACGAGAUCCUGUACUGGCUGCAGUUCGCUUUUGGAUGGGCAGUGUCUGAGACCACGGUGUUCGUGGACGUCUCGCUGAUGCAGGUCUCUGCGGAGCUGGCGGUCCUCAGCGACAACCUCGCCGCUGGCACAUGGCCGCCCUUGCAGCUCUUACCUGCCUCAGAGUGCGACACCAGCGACUCAAAGCUCCAGUCUACCGAUAAAUCGCCAUCGUCGUUGGAACUGCCACAUCCUGCCUCUCUGCAGGGAAGAACUCCUCGUACAGACAGUUCGAAAGGCGAGACGUAUCAACAGCUGUUGGUCAACGUUCAUUACCACCAUAUCAUUAUCGGUUGCGUAGGCCUCCUGCAGAAAGUGUUAAGUCGCGCGACGUCAGUGCUUCUCAUCUGCAACACGAUCUCCAUCUGUUUCCAUGUCAUCGCUACUGCAGUGUUGUUGCAGGAGGAUGGAGAGGUAAUGGAAACCCUUAAGAUGUUGAUGGGUUCGACGCUUUACGCUUACCAAGUGGUGCUCUUUUGUCUGCUCGGCCAGAGGAUCAUCAAUCAGAGUGAGCAGUUGCCGCGAUCAGUCUUCAGUGGCGACUGGCCCGAGGCGGACGUCCGCUCCUGGCGUCUGGUCCUCUUGCUCAGCUUGGUCUCCUCGAGGGCUCUCAAGCUCAAGAUAGGUGGACUUUACAUGCUGUCCAGGGAGACCCUGUUGCAGAUCCUGAACGUUUCAUACAGUUUGCUGAACUUCAUAUAUCAAACGAAGUCAGAUCAAAGUCUCACUAAACAGGAAUAACGACGAAAUCCGUGAAAUAACGUUUAUUAUACCUUCAGCCUACUACAUAUUUUAUACAAACUAUUACUAAUUAAUAUGACACACUGAUUUCUCAGUAUUAUUUACUUAAAAAUACUUCUAAGCAUAAAAAUAUUAAACCCUGUAAAUUAUUUAGUACUAUGAAGUUUUAUCAGUGUAAUUACACACACACACACACACACACACACACACACACACACACACA